UCUUCGUGGGACAACCACCUAUGUACACUAAAUCAAUUACUUCGUGACUUUUUAAAAAAAUAAAAAAAAUAAUAAAAAAAACAGUGUGCAGAAGUAUUAUUUUCUUGUUUUUUUGUGCAGCUUUGUCAAAUAUAGUAGGCUGUUAUUAGGAAAGUCGCUGGUUUAAACCCCAGGGUUGGCAGAGUGAGCAAGGCCCUUAGUGUUGGGCCCUUAAUCCCCAACUGCUCCAGGGGAUAUCUGCUAGAUUCUGUUGCUUUGGAGAAAAGUGUCUGCUAAACAGAUAAUAAUGCAAUAAUUGUGCUGAUAGUACAUUUUGCUAAUGCUAAUGAUGCAACCCCUAAGUUUAACCCAGGCCAGAGUGAGAAACUUGUAAUUAAAAACUAGAAAGCAUUAGGCCAUGCUGAAUUGUUAAUAGUUUUUUUUUUGCCUGAAUUGAAUUAACAGAGGUCAACGCGCAGCACUCAUUUUCACACUUUGCCGCAGCAGACUGUCAGUGGUCGGCACCCUGCCAUCAGCCAAGGUGUACCGACACUCCCAAUAAGCUCCCCAGCAUGCGCGUGUUCCUUAUUCAGGAUCCGUGUCCAGCCCUGUUCCUUUUAAGUUCUUGGGAACACAGAGAGAGGAAGGGAUGAGGAGAGGAGGGGCAGGAGGGAGCCGGGGGCUGCGUCUGUGGGUCAAAACAACCAGCAGCCCUUGGGAGGCAGUGAGGCUCUGUGGCUGGGAGUGGCUGGAUACAUGUCCCUCCUCUCUGGGCCGGGCAGGGCUGGGCUGGGCUGGGCUGGGCGGAGCAGCAGGUGGCAGACAGUGCAGGGCCAUGACCAGCUCCAGUGGCUCGGUAACAGCACUCUGACCAUGGGAAGCGCAAAACCCGUAGCUCUUCCCCAACUCCCGUACCAGAGAACCUGACCGGAUCAACCUGAGCUUCGUGACAGAAAAGUAAGGCUUCCCUUCGCAUUUUCACGAUGAAGUUAAGAAUCAAGUGUUGUAUUUUGGUCAAAAGGCCCUCAUGUGAUGCACCAACAGAGAAAUGUACUCGAGGGAUUAAGCAACGUUUGGAAUUUGGCUACCUCACACCCAGGAUGCAAAUGUACAGCACAAGCUCUGAGGACACCACCUGAAGCUUUGCACCAUGGAUCAAGUCAGUCCAGCAGGCUGAGAGGGUCUUAAGCGAUAGCAAGAAUAACCAAGAGUGAUCGAACUAUGGAACUGCUUCUCUACAAAGUGGCCUGUCCAAGUACUAACAGUUAAGCCAUAUUAUUCAAAUGGGACCUAUGCAGUACAUGAAAUGAAAGACUGCGGCCAAUAUGCCAGCGUUACCGGCAUGAGGGGCCCAUCGACAAAAACAACUGAGGAUUUAUAAAAAUUCAAGAAAUAAUCAUGGAAGCUUCCGACUAAAUGACCUAUGUUGUCAAGAAAAAAAAAACCCAAUAUGGAAACACGCACACCACCUUUAAUGAUAUUUUAUGAAAAUGACACCAAGCAGCUAAACAUUUCAUCCAACUGCAGCACAGCAAUCUUGACAGGUGACAAAGACACCUACCAGUUCUAUAUCAUAAGCCUCUUUCUGUCCUGCCUCUACACCAUCUUCCUGUUCCCCAUCGGCUUCAUUGGGAACAUCCUCAUCCUGGUAGUCAAUCUCAACCACCGAGACAAGAUGACCAUUCCAGAUCUGUAUUUCGUCAACCUGGCUAUAGCGGACCUCAUCCUGGUGGCCGACUCCCUGAUCGAGGUCUUCAACCUGAAUGAGAGCUACUACGACAUCGCCAUCCUUUGCACUUUCAUGUCCCUCUUCCUGCAGGUCAACAUGUACAGCAGCAUCUUCUUCCUUACGUGGAUGAGCUUUGACCGCUACGUGGCCCUGGCUAGCACAGUGAGCAGCAGCCCGCUACGGACCAUGGAGCAUGCGAAGCUCAGCUGCAGCCUCAUCUGGGGGGCCUCCAUUCUGGCCACACUCUUGCCUUUCACCAUCGUGCAGACCCAGCACCGGGGCGAGGUGAAUUUCUGCUUCGCGAACGUCUUUGAGAUCCAGUGGCUGGAGGUCACCAUCGGCUUCCUGGUGCCGUUCUCUGUCAUUGGCCUAUGCUACUCACUUAUCGUCCGCAUCCUCAUGCGUGCACAGAAGCACCGAGGCCUCUGGCCCCGGAGACAAAAGGCUCUGCGCAUGAUCGUGGUGGUGGUCUUGGUGUUCUUCAUCUGCUGGUUACCUGAGAAUGUCUUCAUCAGUAUCCAGCUGCUGCAGGGCACAGCAAACCCCCUUCAACGCAGCGGCACCACGCUGUGGCAUGACUACCCGCUGACGGGCCACAUUGUCAACCUGGCCGCUUUCUCCAACAGCUGCCUAAACCCCAUCAUCUACAGCUUUCUGGGGGAGACCUUCAGGGACAAGCUGCGGCUGUUUGUCAAGCGGAAGGCCAGCUGGUCAAUUCUCUACCGGCUCUGCGACCACACCCAAGACCUGCAGCUUCCCAUCCGGAGCGGGGCCUCGGAGGUUUAACUUGAGCAGCCAGUGUGGAAAGCAUCUUUGCCGAGAAGCAUGCCGAUCACAGUCGCCAUGGAAACGAAUCAUGUAGGUUAGCAUGAGUACCGGACAAUCGUCUGAACUUCAGAUGUGUUAAAUUAACACAUGCAGAUUCUGUGUGGACAGAGGGUAAUAAUUGUAGGGGAAUUACACCCAAAAACAGCGUCAUGUUUGUUGUAUUCAUCAUUAGGAAAAUUAAAACACAUUUAACAGAAAUGCACUUUGAACAAAGAACUCCACACUUUGUGUCCCAAAUAAAAUGUGUACAGUUUAAGAUGUCUUCAGUUCGUUUUAGACGUCUAUGAAAAGUGGAAUGUACGCGCUCUGCAAACUGUCAGUAUUUUUAUGAUGUCAGUAUGAAUACCUGUCGUUUCCUGUAAAUUCAUAUGCUUAACUUAUUGAGACAACCUUCCUACAUUUGUGACAUUUACAAUAAAAGCGGGAACCCCCAGUCACUUCCAGAUUUCUAUUCAUUAGUGUCCCAAAUUCUUGCUGCGAUGAAAGCGUUAAUUAACAAAAAGUCAAAGGCAAUAAAAAUGAGGGAGAGAAACUAUACAUUUAUCACAGACGUUACCUUUAAUGAAGCCAUAAACAUGAACAGUUUUUGUGUAUAAUGGAACUAAACGCCAAUAUUCUGGUUUAAAAAUAUGAAACAUGAGUGUUCAAAGCUCCUGUCUUAGACAGGCAUCCCUUUUAUAUUUUUAAGACUCAUACUGUACUCUAUGUAGUCAGUAAAAUUUAAAAAAAUAAUGAUGAUACUUCUAAAAU